AUGGGAAUUCAGGGAUCAGAGCUUAGAAUAGGAAUCGAGCCUUUUGACGGUAUAACUCCCAAAUCAUUGACCAUGCCUCUCGUCCAGAUUGAGCUUCGGGUUACAUUUGGCACGCCUAACAACUUCCAUACAGAAAAGCUGACAUUCGAUGUCGCGGACUUCGAGACGGCAUACAAUGUGAUCCUAGGUUGCCCAAUGCUGAGCAAGUUCAUGGCAGUGGUUCACUAUGCCUACCAAACACUCAAGAUCCCAGGACCCAAUGGAGCCAUUAUAGUUAAAGGAGAUCAGCGUGCAGCGGUAAAAAAUGACAAGCAAAGCCUGGAUAUGGUCAAACACUUCAGUCGAGCGGCCACCACUCCUAAGGACACAAAUUCUAAGCGUCAAAGGCAUCAAGGUGUCAUCGAGGCCAAAGAUUCCAGGCUUGUGAGUCUUGCUGGCACUUCUAAAUUCGACGAUGCCAAAGGCAAGACCAACGACAGCGUCAGCAACAAAAACACUGAUGGUUGCGUCAAGGCAGUGCCCCUCGACCCAUCUGAACCAUCCAAGAUGGUUAAGGUUGGGUCCAAUCUUGACCCUAAAUAG